AUGGCAGCCGCAGUAGCUUUAUCCAACUAUCAACUAGGCGACAUCCUAGGUCGAGGAGCCAGUGGAUCAGUCUAUCGAGCACUCAACUUCCUAACAGGAGAAACAGUGGCUAUCAAAUCGAUCUCACUCCUAUCCCUUCCACCAUCAUCAUUACCAGAUAUAAUGUCUGAGAUCGACCUGUUGAAAAACCUCAACCAUCCGAAUAUAGUGAAAUACAAAGGUUUCGCAAGGGAUAAGGAAAACUUAUUUAUCGUAUUGGAAUAUUGUGAGAAUGGUUCACUUCAAAGCAUCUUAAAGAAAUUUGGAAAGUUCCCUGAAAGCUUGAUAGCAGUCUAUAUAUCACAGGUGUUAGAAGGAUUGAUAUAUCUACAUGAACAAGGGGUUAUACAUAGAGAUAUAAAAGGAGCGAAUAUAUUAACGAAUAAAGAUGGUUCUGUGAAAUUGGCAGAUUUCGGUGUAUCGUCGAAAAAUCAACCUAAACCCACUUCGUCACCCUCUUCAUCUUCUUCUCAAGAAUAUAGUAAGAAGGAGGAUAAUGAUAAUGAAGUUGUUGGAUCUCCCUAUUGGAUGGCUCCUGAGGUGAUAGAACAGAAUGGAUCUUCGACAGCGAGCGAUAUUUGGUCAGUCGGCUGUGUGAUAGUUGAAUUGUUGGAAGGGAAACCACCUUAUGGCGACUUGGCACCGAUGCAGGCGCUCUGGAGGAUUGUACAGGAUGAAAGUAUGAGGAUACCUGAUGGAGCGAGUCCGAUAGUGAAAGACUUCCUUUACCACUGUUUCCAGAAAGAUCCCAAUCUCCGAGUCUCGGCGAAAAAAUUACUUCGUCAUCCAUGGAUGAUGAGCGUGAAGAAAUCAGCUGAACCGCCUGUACCACCAGUCUUACCUAAAUCUACACCAUCGAGCAGACCCCAAUCCCGUGCGAGCUCUGUCAGAGUAUCGUCAGGAGGGAAAGAUACAGUCAGAUCGAGUGAAAGAAAAUCCACCAAUUUGGGACAAAAUAAUGCAAAUGUAUCUUCAGGUAGUGGUAGUGGGACAGUCAGGGCCAAAAAACCUAUGACGGUGUAUGAUGAGGCUGUUCAGAGGGUGCAGGAGUGGAACGAGGCUUUGAAUGCCUCGCCAAAAGCAUUAGGUACGAUGAGACGUCUACCACUACCUCAGCCUCGUAAACAAUCAGUGUCCAACGUCCGACAAAGAGGCGAAUCCAAUGGUCCCCUAGGUCCUGGUUUGUUCGCUCUUCCCUCAAGAUCAUCCGGAGAUGCCAUCUCUUCUCAACUACACCCAGGCACCGGAUUGCCUAUACCUAUUUCUCAGCCUGGAUUGAUCGGCAAAAACCUGCACGUUAGUGAUGUGCUGAAUAGAGCGAAGGAGAGCGAAGGAGAUGCGGAAAGUUGGGAUGAUGACUUUGCGGCGGACAUAACCCUGUCAAAGAAGCUUGGCCACCGCCGUGACGAGUCUGCAGCAAACGAGGAUCUGAAUCAGAAGACACUUCGACCCACCAAAUCGCCAGCGGUAGCUAUAAAUCCCUUGCCUCCCUUAUCCAGUCAAACGACAAAGACUGCAACAAACGGAAGAUCAGCCUCAGCAGGCCAGAUUGAGGAUUAUUCUGAUAUAGGAUUGGACGAGGACGAAUCUGGAUUGGAAACGAAACUGAAAAACCUCAAGCUCAAGUCCAAUGGGAGAAGAGGGUUGAUGCAUCCCGAUGAUAUACAUAAAGUCCCACUUUCACCUGUCCUACCCACUCAGCGAUCACUGUCCACUCCUGCCAAGCCUUCUUUACCUGUUCCUGUGACGCCUUCGCCUCGAGCCCAAGCUCGAUCACCCCCUUCCUCAAGGCAGAACUCCUUGAGGGGUAAGAAUACCCCUGGAACUGGCACUGCUGGAGAUAAUAGUCCGAGCUUGGUGGAGUUGAAUAAGUAUAUGGAGAGGGAUGAGGAUUAUGAUGAUAUUUUUGAAGGGGUACAACCUUCACAAGCGAGUGGCUCGAAAUUGCAAGCCCAAUCGCUCCAGCUCACUCGUCGGUCCAACGUAUCGUGGGCGUCGGACGAAGCGGACGAGGAACAGGAUCCCUUCGCGGAGAUCGAAGAUGAUUUUGUCACUGAGGAUCUCGAAGCUAUCCUAUUGCGAGAUAAAAGAGCAACUUUACAUGCUAAUGUCAAUAAGCUGGUGGAAGGGUUGACACCGAAUACGCCUCAUGGACUGUUAAAAGAUGGAUGUGAUGAGUUAUUAUCACUACUUGAGAAUACAUCACCUGAGAUGGGUUUGGAAGCUCAUUUCGUCGCUCAACAUGGAAUGUUAGCUAUCUUAGAAGUCCUGGAGUCGAGAUUGACUAGAGAUAUCGCUGUGAGAUUGUUAAGAUUGGUCAACCUGAUUGUCAUGUCCGACUUGGAGAUGCUUGAAUCGUUCUGCUUGAUUGGCGGUAUCCCAGUAAUCAUACCAUAUACCUCAAAAAAGCAUUCUCUGGAAACUAGAUUGGAGGCUUCAAUUUUCAUACAGCAAUUGACAAGCUCAGCGUUGACAUUACAGAUGUUCAUCUCAUGUCGGGGUCUGCGUAUUCUCGUUGAACUCCUAGAUGAAGAUUACGCCUUAAACAAGACUCUAAUCCUUUCUUCCCUCGAGGGUAUAUCAUCAGUAUUUGACUUACAAUCACCUACGCCAAAACCGGACUUCGUAAGAAUGUUCGUCAGGGAAGGUAUACUGGAUCCCUUAUCCACCGCGCUACUAUCGAUACUCAGAGAUGGCCUGUUGAAAGAGAAAGCCAAAGGGAUAGAGCAAGAGAAAAUCGAAGGUCAGAUGGAACAAGAGGAGCUUGAAACGGCUAUCAAUAGGACUGUAUCUACCUUGUUGUUGUUCUGUCAAGUGGCCCAAGGUGAUAGGAGGGUACAGGAUGGUUUUGCAAACAGAGGCGUGAUGACUCGUAUUCUAAAAGCUUGUGAUUUGCUCAGCGGGAAGUCAUUGGUGCUAGCUAUCAAAGCAAUCAAACAUCUCGCCACUUCUACACAAUUGAUAGAAGUUGUACAGAAUUCGAAUGGUAUAGAAAUACUGGUUGGUAUAUUGGCUAGAAAUAUGAAGGGUUCUCAUGCAUCUGAAACCGUCUCAAACCUCUUCCAAACUAUCUACUCAAUGACGAAGUUAUCCAAAUCUCGACAAGAAGAGGCUGCAUCAAGUGGAAUCAUACCCCUGUUGAAGAAAGUUGUUCAGUCCAAAUCGCAAAUGAGCGAUUUCGCUUUGCCCAUUUUGUGUGAUUUGGCGAAUGCUGGCAAAGUCAGUAGGAGGUUGUUGUGGAGGUAUGACGGGUUGAAUUUAUAUCUCGAUCUCCUCUCUCACCCAUAUUGGCAAGUAUCAGCGCUGGACGCUAUCUUGACUUGGAUGCAAGAUGAGACUGCACGGGUCGAAGAUGUCUUACUUGAAAAAUCAGCAUCUGACAGUCUGGUGAAAUGCUUUGUUCAGGCUUCAGGUGUUUCGUUUGAGGGCAUUUUAGAUCCACUCAUCAAGAUCCUCCGAUUAUCUACAUCCUUGACCUCCUCUAUAUCUCAUCCGCAAUUCUACACCCGCCUUUCUGAGACUCUCGAAAAAUCCACUCACGCAGCUAUCAAACUGAACUUACUCAGAUUGACAAGGGUAGUAUGUGAUACCCACCCCGAUCGACAGAAUUUGGUCAUUCGUUUCGGUCUGAAGAACGUCAUUGAACGAUUGGGUAAACAGGACAGUGCCAUCUUAGUCAGGGAAUUAGCUAAAGAGGUUUUACCUGGUUUGUUAUUUGGAAAUGAUUCGCCUGAUCCGAUUGAUCUUGCGAAUCUACAUGAUGGACUGGAUAACGGUGAUGGUGGACAGACUAUCGAUUUUAGAUCUGGGGCAGAUAGAGGGACGAUGAAGCGGACAAUGUCUCAGAAUGUUAUUUCUUCAGAUACGUUCAAAAACCCUCAAUCAUCGUCAUCCUCGUCGCCUUCCACAGUCCGAUCAAUGCACUCAAUAUCCAACCCACCUUCUUCCUCCAGCUCCCUAGACAAAUCAACUCAUCAACGAAUGACCUUAUCGUGCUCUUCCACAACAACUUUGACGAGAUCUCAAAUAGAUUCAAGGAAUAUGCCUCCUCCGCCGAUUCCGACACCUUCACCUAUAUUACCAUCCAGUGGAGGAGGGGAAAGACCAAAACAUAAGAGGAAGAUAUCGAGAAAUCAACUGAGGGAAGUGCAAUGGCAAACUGACGAGAAUGGGAAAGUCAGAAGUGUCAGAACGCCGAGUAAAUUAGUGGGAUAUACGGUUGACUGA